GGGCACUUUCAGAUAUUUUAAAAGCUCAAAACCCAGUUUGAUCAAAAAUUCUAGUUCUCCCCAUCAAGUUCAUCUUGUAGAAGAGGGCAGUAAAGAAACUAAGGAUGUAGAAAGUAAAAGGAAAAAAGAGAGAACAAAGAAUGUAAAAAUUGAAACUGGAAAAGAAGAUUUAGACGAAGGAAAAAAUACACAAACAGGAGUAUUCAUCCCGGCUCCAUCCAAAGGGCUCCAGGUUCAAAUUAAUACACAAGCUAGGGACGGAUUAGCGUGUAAACCAUUAAUCUAUGAGCCCGGUCCAAGUGACGAUAAAGAUCCUAAAACCUCAUCAGAUUUGCAACAGAAUGUGUCUGAGUCUCUUCCAACAUCGCAGCCUUGUACGACAGGGAUAGAGAGAGACUUCGUGAGAAUGAAAAAAGGUGGAUUGCCUGCGAAGCGAAGCCCAAGCUUGGGAAUUGAUCUAGGUGAAUGCCGAUCCACUUCAACAGCAAGAAAUGCUUCCGCUACCAUUUCUGGAUUUAGCUUGGAACGCGGGGACUCUUCGGUGGACUGGAAUGAUGUUUUGAAAAGAAAUCUAAGUUUAGAUGAAAUUCUGAGCUUAGAGGAUAAAAAACAUCAAAUUUUUAGAGCCUAUAGAUUGGAAGAGCACACAUAUGAAAACGAACCAUUAAAGCAAUCUCCAGACAUGAUUGGAGAAGAGAACCCUAUUGUUAAUACAAGCCCGGAGAAGAUAGAACCAAUCCAACCCUCUUCAACAGUAUCCAGAGCAGACCUUGUAGAGAUUUAUAACUACAGGAAUAAUCGGCGGGUUAGGCCAAACUUUCUACCAUUAAUUCAGCAAAAUACCGCCAGGGCAGCAGAAGAAGCAGAGAGUGGCGGGUAUGAUACAGUAAGGUCACUGGCGCAACCUGUUUUAGACGUGUAUGGAACAGGGCCCUUUCCACGCAACCAUUCAAGUAAGAUGGUUGAAACAGCUGAGCUUCAAAAACCAGCUGUUGAUGAUCAGGAAACUGGUUUUACCGCAACUAGUUCUCCAGUAGGCGGAUUCUGUAGACAAUACAGGCAGCGAGAUCUUAGUCCGAUUUAUUACACCAGCUCAGUCAACUGUUCAUCAGCUUCAAACACUACGAAUAGUUUGUACGGUUCAAAUCAAGUUUUUAAUUCAAGUACAAAACAGUACACAGGGGCCAGUUCAGUGUACAGCACAAGUCCUCUAUACAGUACAAGAGGUCCACUGUACAGUACUACAAGUCCAGUUUACAGUACAACGCCAGUGUACAGUACAAGUUCAGUGUAUGAUUCAAAUACAGGAAUCGAAGGAAUGGAAACUAAUAUCUACGGAAGUCUAGACCCAAGGAUAUCCCUGUACAGUGUACUGCCUGGCUCCUGUCAGACCAGUUUGUUUUGUGUUGACAAAAACCAGUUCUAUGUUAUUAUGCAGAUGAAUAUGAAAAAUAAGAAUAAAGAAUGAAGAACUUU